AUGCAUACUUACUGACUUGUAACAUUCUCAUGAUGUCAACAGCGACCUACCAAGUCAGUGGCCACCUUCGACCUGGAAUCGGUGCUGGCGCGGCAAACCGCACACAAAGCGCCGUCGUCUGAUGCGGUGGUAAAGACUGUGCCCGAAAUGUAUCAAAUGGGCAUCUUGAGAGCGGAAGUCAUUGGUCUCCAGUGUAUCGGAUUCAACCAUCGCCUCAACGAAGAGCUGCACUCGAGCAAAUCACCUUCUGAUGACGCGUCACUGAAAUCCGACACCGACGGCACGCCGCUGUCGUCUCUCCUCAAACGGCGCAAACGUCCUGUAGCUGUGGUUGAGAGUUCAGACGACUCGCAACCGCCCAAGAAGGAAGCCAAGAUAUCUGGAUAGGUGUUGGGGUAUAGCGAGCCUUACCACUGUACUACGAUACAACGCUGAAGCUUGAAGCGCCGUGGC